AUGGCACCAAAGCUCUCCAAGUCCGAGAAACAAGAUCUCAUCCUUUCCUAUUUACGAUCUAGUCGAACAUGUCACACGCUCAAAGAUCUUGAAAAGGUUCUCCCAUCCGUGGCCUCGAUAAAUGGUAUCCAAGUGAAGGAGUACAUCCAGGCUCUCACAGACGAAGGCCAUCUCCGCGUCGAGAAGAUCGGCAGCGGGAACUGGUACUGGUGUUUUGGCAGCGAAGAAAAGAAAGAACGCGAGACUAAGCUCUCUCAACUGCAAGAAGAAGUUGACAAAGCUCGUAAGAGCUGCGAAGAGGCCGAGUUGGUUCUAGCUACGGAGAGACGCAAACGAGACAAGGAACAAGAGCAAGAUGAGGCGGAGGGGAAAGAGAGGGAGGCGUUGUGCGCACGGAAGAUGGAAUUGGAAAUGCAACUUCGCCAGCUGCGGGCAGAAAAGGCUGAGUGGGUAGACUCGUCAUCUUCUGGACCUGGUGGGGUCGCGAAGAAGAAAGAGGAGGUGGAUAUUUGGAAGCGGGAGGCGCUGAUGUGGACGGACAACAUUUAUAUCCUGGAAGAGUACCUGAGGAAGCUCGCGGGAGGAGAUCGAGAGCUCGUCGAGUGCAUGAAGAGGGAGUGCUACGGGGAUGAGUAUGUGGAAGGAGAGGGACUCAGGGAGCUGGAGGCAGAUGCUUAA